AUGAAUUGCAGCACAAUCGUCGGCAGUACCACGUGCCAAGGAACGUCGACUACAGCGUUGAUAGUCGCCUGCUCCGUGUUAGGCAUCGUUACGGUCGUCACGUGUUGCGGCUCAGCCGUAUACAAUAGGUUUCGUCUGGAAACGCUGAACAUGCAGCUGGCAGACAUGCAGGACGAAGAGCAAAAUGCCAUAGGUGACUUCAACCUGUUGUUGACGUAUGCUGCAUGUCAAAGCUGGUAUAAACAAGACGUUAGCAGCCUGACACCGGAACAGCAGGCGAAGAACCGAGCGAUGCUCAACGAUCCGUCACUGGAAUCAAGCCGUAACGAAGUGUAUCAUGACGUUCUGCAUUUCUACGGCUUCGAACGACGACAACGGCCAAAAGCUCAUAAAUGCCGAAAGGUCCGACGAACCCGCUGGAGGCCACGCAAGCCAGUAAAGCUUACGAACCUCUUCAAACAGCGACGCCAUCGCCGAUCGCCAUCAACCGGCAGAGAAGGUACGGCCAUGCAAGAUGUCGUUGUCGAACGCAUAGAAAUGGUGGAAGUGCCGAUCAGCAAUCAAAUACCUCAAGGAAAUCUUACAAAUAUGUCUCAAAAAAAGGAGAGUACCCAUAAGUCAGCGCGUGAAGAAGCUGCCUAA